AUGUACAAGAAAGGUUCUCCUUCAUCUGAAAUUCACCUAUCAUCAAUUUCGAUUACUGAUUGUUUAAUUGAACGUCAAAGAUUAAUGGAUGAAUUCUUGUGGAAACGUAACACGCAAUUUCUGUCUCUUAAUGAAAACUUCCACAGACAUAUUAAAGGAAAUAUCUUGACAAGAACUCAUGUUACAAAGGCAGUUUUCAAAUAUAAAUAUCUAACAUGUGGAUGA